CCUCCUAAACUUGUUCCUCGUUCAUAAUAUCUUGCUAGAAGUAUCUUCUCGUUCACUCACUUAGUCACUCUUUUACACCAUUCAUUCUCUCAAAAUGAAGCACGCAUUCUCUCUCGCUGCUCUUGCAGCUCUCGUAUCUGCUGGCACUAUCACCAAAAGACAAGCAGCAGGCGUCACUGAUGUCGGCAUCCUGAACUACGCAUUGACUCUGGAGCACCUGGAAGACAAAUUCUACCGCGAAGGUCUCGCCAACUACACCCAAGCCGAAUUCAUCGCCGCCGGCUUCGCAGAUCCCUUCUACGAUAACCUCAAGGAGAUCUCCUUCGACGAAACCACCCACGUCUCCUUCCUCAGCACCGCCCUCGGCGCUGCCGCAGUCGAAGAGUGCACCUACUCCUUCCCCUCCACGGACCCGAAGUCCUUCGUCGCCCUAGCAUCCGUCCUCGAAGGCGUUGGAGUCUCAGCGUACCUAGGAGCCGCUGCUUCCAUCGCCAAUAAGGCCUACCUCACAGACGCAGGCUCCAUACUGACCGUCGAGUCGCGCCACAGCUCAUACAUCCGCGCUGCUCUCGAUCAAUCGCCUUUCCCGCAACCAUUCGACGAUCCAUUGGACUUCGACGAAGUCUAUACCCUCGCCGCUGGCUUCAUAGUUUCUUGCCCAUCUGCCAACACUGCCAAGCCUAUGUUGCCCCUCAAGGCUUUCCCUUCCGUCGCUCUCGGCACAAGUGGUACCAUUGUUUCGGGCCAGACUAUCACUUUGGAGACUCUAGGAUACGUUUUGCAGGCUGCUGAUGAGAAUACGCCAAUCUAUGCUGCGUUCAUCACUGUCACUGGACCAAUUUAUUCUGAUGCCAUGGCUAUUGAGGGUGGCUUCACGACUGUUGUGCCAAAUGGUGUCAAUGGACAGAGCUAUGUUGUUCUUACUGCUUGCAAGGACAGGAUCACGGAUGAUACGGUAGCUGCUGGACCUGCGAUCGUGGAAGUCACUAAUGCUUACCCUUCUGUUUUUGCAUAAGGUGGAUAGGACAUGAAAUUUGAAUGGGAGAGGAGCG